ACGUUCUUGUUCAUCGCAUGCUCGAAGCUGCAUUAUCUGGUGAAAAACGCUUUUAUCUUGACAAAGAUGCGGUUCAAAAAACUGCACAGUACUGCAAUGUUAAGAAGGAAGCGGCCAAGAAUGCUCAAGAACAAAGCAACCAUCUCUUCCUCUGUGUCUUACUUCAUAAUCUUACUAUCCAGCAUGGUCCUGUAAUACGUGAAGCUAUAGUGAUUGGUGUUAAAGAUCACGCAUUUGAUGUCUUGGUACCUGUCUUUGGCAUUGAAAAGCGUGUCCAUUUGGAUCAACUUCCAUUAGAAAAAUUUGUAUUUAAUGAAGAAACAGACCAACUCACCUUGUAUUGGAAACCAGGAGUUAGCUCUCUUGAACCAAUUUCCGAAGACUAUGGAAUUGGUGAGGAUGAAGAAGAGGGGUUGGAUGUUGAUGAGGAGGCAUUACUUGCAGACGUUAAUGAUGAUUAUCACUAUGAAAUGAUGGAUAUCAACAGUCUUCGUAUUGAAGAUGAGCAUAGGUUGUUCGAUGCUAGUUCUGAUAUUGGUGAUGAUGAUGAUAUUGAAGAUGAAGACGUUCACAACACUGGUGACGAAGAAAUUGAUCAUAACGGUGACAAUAAUAUACCCGUUGCUAGUGUUUCUCCAAUGUCCUCUGAAGCUCCCACAAUACAUAUCUCAAGUUCCGAAACCGCGCCAUUCGAUCAAGCUUCACUUACAAAAGUUUCACCUCCAACUGUUAAGAUCACAGAGAUUCCACAAUUACCCAUAGAUGUAGAUCCAUCCAUUCCUAACUCUCAGAUUAUCCGAGAGCUUUGCUAUCUUAAUGUUGUAAUUACUGCGGAUUGUAAAAAGAGUCCGCCAGUUAUUAAAGUUUUGGCUGUCAAUCCAUUCGC